AUGUCAUUCGAUCCAGAGAUCCAGAGCAGAAUAGAGCAGGUCAGCGAGAAGUUCAACGAGUUCAUUUCGAGGCAGAAGAACGAAAUCGUUCAGGCCAAGGAGGAGUACCUCCAUACCGUGUCACAGUUGCAAUCAGAGCAUAAGGAGUUGAUACUCAAGGUCAAGGAGUGUGAGGACAGGGAGAAGGAGCUGGGACACCAACUGUCCAAGGAGGCUGGGGAUGUUCAAGGAUCGCAAUCUCGGAUCACGGAGCUGAAUUUAAGGCAUCGACAACUACUUGAGGAUAAGAGACAGUUGGAAUCCCAGGUGGAAGAGCUCCAAGGUAAAGUUGUUUCGAAGAGAGAGGAGUUGAGCAAACUGAAACAGGCCAAGUCGAGGCAGAGCGAUCUGGACUUGCCAGAGACACUGAUAUAUGAGCAGCUGCUGGGCUUCAAGAUUGAAGGGCUGAAGGAUAACUUGCUGAGAUUUGUCUUUGAGAAUGUCAAUUCACAGGAUCCAAAGAGACAGUGUUCAUUAGAUCUAAACGUGUCAAACCAUUUAUACUCCAUUGAAAGAGUGGAGCCGCAACUACCGAAGGACAAACUGGAUGCUCUGUUGGACAGCUUCAACGAAUCACGGGACCUGACGCAGUUCCUGAAGCACACGAGGCAGAUUGCCAUUGUACCGGAGUUCGAACUGGAGUCAGGCUAUCUUCUCACGAGGGUACCAGUGGCUUAUAAGACCUGGGGUAAGCUGAACGAGAAAGGUGACAAUUGUAUGGUCAUCUGCCAUGCUCUGACAGGCUCGAGUGACGUUGCUGAUUGGUGGGGCCCGCUACUGGGACCCGGACGAGCCUUUGACCCUACAAAGUUCUUCAUUGUGUGCUUGAACUCGCUGGGAUCACCUUAUGGCUCAGCAUCGCCGGUGACGCUGAACCCUGAAACCGGGGAGAGAUGGGGGCCUGAGUUCCCACUGUGCACCGUCAGAGACGACGUGGCGAUCCACAGGUUGAUCCUGGACUCGCUUGGCGUGAAGCAGAUCGCAGUGGUGAUUGGUGGCUCCAUGGGAGGCAUGCUCACGCUGGAAUGGGCAUUCUACGGCGUGGACUACGUCAAGAACAUCAUCCCGCUGGCUACAAGUGCAAGACACUCUGCGUGGUGUAUCAGCUGGGGUGAGGCUCAGAGACAGUGUAUCUAUUCUGACCCGAAGUACUUGGACGGAUACUACGACUUGAACGACCCACCAGCCACAGGGCUAGGUGCUGCCAGAAUGAGUGCUCUGCUGACAUACCGUUCUAGAAAUUCAUUUGAACAAAGAUUUGGUAGAAAGGAUCCAAACCUGGUGAAGUCCAUAAAGGCGAAGAACAUUGCUCCUUCAUCACCAAGCCACAGACAACCUUCGACGGCACAGGAGGAGCACUGGGCAAUCCACAAUGAGGGACAUAAAAGAGGUCGUAAGUUGGCUGAUGAGCCGGUAGGCUCGGAGACGAGUCAAGAGAGAUCCAACUCUGUAUCUUCAACAUCCACAACAGCCUCGUCGAACUCAGUAACACACAGACACCAGACGUUCUUCUCGGCUCAGAGCUAUUUGCGUUACCAAGGUGAUAAGUUCAUAAAUAGAUUUGAUGCCAACUGCUACAUCUCUAUAACGAGAAAGCUGGACACACAUGACAUUGCAAGAGACAGGGACGGUGACCUGGAGAGCCUGCUGGGCUCGUUGAAACAGCAAGCAUUGGUUGUAGGCAUCAGCUCUGAUGGGUUGUUCACGUAUUCAGAACAAGAGACAAUUGCACAGUUCAUGCCCAACGCAGAGCUGGUGAAGAUUGACUCGCCAGAGGGCCAUGAUGCCUUCCUGCUGGAGUUUGCUUCCAUCAACCAAAUGAUCAUGGACUUCCUCAACAGGGAAUGUGCUGAUAUCGUCAAUGCUCCUGGUAUUCCAUGGGAGGAGGAGCCGGUCACGGAGAUCAAAGAGUCUGUCUUUGGUGAAGCUGAAGACGUUACAAACUGGUGA